GGUUGAAUGAAGUGGGGAUAAAGAGUGUAAGAGAAGGGCUUGAUUUCCCCAAGAUUAAACAAAUUUACAUAUAUUUUCCCCAAGAUUUCCCGUUCGCUAUGGCCUCUUCGUCCGCCGCCGCUCUUGAGAUUAUCGACGACGACGAUGAAUUUGACUGGUACGCAGCUGUGAGAGAGAUUGAUUUGGCUUGUGAGGCCAAUGGCGUCGCCCUUCCCGUCAAUGGGACAUUCGCUUCGUCUCCUGAUGGAGUUGCGACUUCGACUUCGACUUCCAUCCCAAAUAGGAAAACGCUCAAAACCCCUAAUGGUGGUGUGGCCUUUCGUCUGGGAAGCAGUCGAUUCUUGAUAUGUUUAUGGGAUUUCUGCCUAAGGCUAAGAAUGCCGAAACCGAACCCCACAAUCCAAACGGCGUUGGAGUCAGAAAAGAGGAGUUUGGUAAUGAGGGGGAUGACAGGGUUUGCUUCGUUCCACUUGAUUUGAUGGCAGCCAAAACUUGGAUUUAUCCAG